AGAGAUGCUCUAAGCUCCAUUGCUCCCUACUUGUUGGUAUCAUCCAUCGUUUGUGUAAAGUGUAAUUGUGUAUAGGGGGAGAUACCGACCGACACUGGAGUACAACCAGAGAGGAGAGGAGUCUCGAGAAGCAAACGCAACAACAAAUGAGGCCUAAGAUAGUGCUCUUCGGGGACUCCAUCACUCAGCAAUCGUUCACAUCAGGUGGAUGGGGUUCUUCCCUCGCUCACCAAUAUUCUCGAAAGGCUGAUAUCCUGAAUCGCGGAUAUGGUGGAUAUAACACUAGAUGGGCUUUGUUCUUGCUGCAUCACCUCUUCCCUCUGGAGGAAUCUAUAAGCCAUCCUGCUGUCAUCACUAUUUUCUUUGGGGCAAAUGACUCGGCACUUUUAGGAAGGACAAGCGAAAAGCAGCACGUGCCUCUUAAGGAAUACAAAGAAAAUCUAAAAACAAUGGUUCAACAUCUUAAGAAGUGCUCACCUACCAUGGUUGUUGUGCUUAUAACUCCGCCACCAAUUGAUGAGGUGGGCCGCAAAGAAUAUGCACGGUAUGUGUAUGGCGACAAAGCAAUGAAAUUGCCAGAAAGGACGAAUGUAGUGACAGGAGAGUAUGCAAAGCAGUGUCUCGAAUUAGCCAUGGAGUUGGGUCUCCCUUCAAUAGAUUUAUGGUCCAAAAUGCAGGAAACCAUGGGUUGGCAGAAGAUAUUCUUAAGGUCUUAGCAGUCGCAGGGCGCAGCUCCAGGAUUUUGGUAUGCGCAGGUUGAUUAAUCUCCUCUUCCAGUUCUGAUUCUGUAACUGAUGGUGUAACCGGUUUCAACUCAGGGGUCAGAGUAGGUGGCUGAAUUUCCGGUGAUCCGUAGCUGAGAACUGUAGAACAUGACAAUGCUUUGGCCUUAACACACCUCAUUUUUUGAACCGGUAUACAAACUACUGGUACGCAUUCGUGUUUGAGACAGGCCCUCCUCAUCAGCCCCUGUGAUUUUGUUGAUCAGUUCCAAGGCCAUCUCAGUGUGGUCUGUAUGAUUUCCUUCCUGACCGCAUGGAAUGUCAAGUUUGAGGGGUGCUGAAUCUUCAGAGGGAGGUUGCAGCUGACUCACAGACUGCUGCGGGAAUGAAACUGACUCCACUUGCGGACUGUGAAAAGCGGAAAUAUGCAAAGAAACCUGCGGUGAGUCCUGCGAACUGAGAUAAGUUGCGCGUUGUGCCCUGCGAACUGAGACCUGCGAAGCUUCUCUCGAUCGCGUCACACUUGGUCGUGAACUGCUUGCGAAUGAUGAAGUUCGCAAAGAGCUGGGAGAUUAUGCAGUUCGUGACUGCAAACUGAGUGAACAGGAAGAAGAAAUAGGCGAUUGCGAUCUGGGGGAACUGGCUUGCAAUGUCGAUCGGUGAGGAGAAGAAACCUGCGCAUUUGGCGACAAAUUGGGAUACACAGAAGGCCGAUUUUUAGAUUCGCGAUCUCUGCGAAUUUGUUCGUUCAUCGCUGCUAUAGAUGCUGCGGUUUCUGCCGUAAAUGCCACAACAGUGCUUUGAAUCUGUUCAUUCAUCGUGGUCGCGAGGUUUGCCAUAGUCGCCUUCAUCUUCUGUUCCAACGCAUUCCUGCGAUUUUCCAUUUUAGAUCUCCUUUUAACCAUCCACCACUGAAACGGGAGCUUUGCUGAAAUCGCACUUCAAUUUUGAUCCCCAGGAGCAACUACUCUGAUACCAAUGAUAGAACACUGGUACAAUCCAAGCAAAAGCAGUGAAAAAUAAACACAGAUCUGGCCACAAAGUAUUGAAACUAAUGUUUAUUGAUGGGGAAGGUAUACGUAGGUAACAAGGCAACAACAGGACUGUUCGAGAAGUCCACUCUCCAAGGCACAACACUCAAUCAAAUAACAGCCUGCUUACAACCGUUGCUAAUCCAUCUAUUUAUAGCCAAUAUCCACAAAGGGAUAUGUCAGCAAUUACUAAUAUCCCCUUCCUUUCUAAAUAUACUACUACAAGUACCUUUACUAUUUUUAUUAUUAUUUCUUAUUAAUAGCCUACUAAGCCAUAUUUCUAUCAGACUAUUGGAUUGAGGAGUACAAAAGCAAAUAAUAUGUAUCUAGUGGUUUGAAAUAGGGAUCUAAGCCACUAGCAUUUCUCCCCAAUCAUCAUCAUUCUCUUAAAAAUCAAAGUCAAAAGAAUUGUAUUCACUAUCACCAAGGAAAGAGAAAGGGGGCACAUAAGCCCACGUACUAACCAAAAAAGAUCAAAUAAGCCCUUAUUUGGGAGGCUCUGUCCGGCCGUCGCCAUUUGGGGCGGUUUCCGGUGGAAUUUGUUGAUGAAUGCUUUUGAGCAUCUUAUUCAUUAAGUCUAGUUUACUCAUACCAAAGUUCAGCUAAAACUUCAACCUGGAAGGUAUUCAAAUGAAUUCUUGAAGAUAACUGCGCAGUUAACAGACCAGACUUAAACAAACCGGACCAGAUUAAACAGACCAGACCAGACUAGUACACAGAGAUCAAUUGACAGUUAUAAAAUAUACAGAGACCAGACAUUUACAAAUGAGGCUAGAUCAAUUCAGUCCAGACUUGAGCAGAUCACACCAGACCAGUAAAUUUGAGUCCAUAAAAAAGUAUCCUAAGCCCUCAGACUAAAGAAACACGUUCCAGAACUAUACAAAAACGAUCAAAUUUCUAAUUUAGAAGGUUGAUUCCAUGUUAGCCGGUCAUUCACUUACGUGGCAAUCAAGGUGGCGUAUUUUAACCUACUUCUUAAUGUCUUAAUGUUAAUGGGAUGGAGGUAGUAAUAUUUACAAAAUAAUAAUUUAUUAAUGCAUUAAUAAAUAAAACCUAGUCAAAGUAGAAUAUAUGAAUAUUGUAAAAUGGAUGUAGUAUAUAAUAGUUCCCGACAUUUACCCCACUGAUUUUGGUGGUUUGCCUUCCGGGUUAAAAAAAGGAUGUAGUAUAUAAUUAUAUACGUAGUGAUGAGAUAAAACAAGAAAUAAGGGCAAAAAGAGAACGCUACAGAAUGUUAGGCAAAAGUUAGAGCGAUAAGAACAUAGAGUACAAGGCGAUUAAAAGAAAAGCAAAGAAAGCCGUAAAGGAAGCAAUAGAGAAAGUGAACAAGGAAGGGGAAAAAGAUAUUUACAGACUAGCUCGUCUUCAUGAUUGUAGGACUCAUAUAAGAAAAGUUAAAUGUGAUGGAUGUCAAUCAAAGGGUACUAAUGGAGGACAAGAAAUAAAACAGGGGUGGAAGUCAUACUUAAUACCUUGUUCAACGGGGAUAAAGUGCAAGAUAUUGGUGAUUUUACCAGAUUGUAUGGUAAAUCGAGAUUCCAUCAUUUCCAAUGGAGCCAAAGACUCACUAUUUUUUUGUUUGGGAAUAUGAUGGAAUAAAGCAAAAUGACUCACUAAACUGUCUGCACUUCUUUGUUAUGAAGCAACAGUCAGUCCAUGCAAUUCUCGACACGAUUUUCACUAUGGGUCAUUGGAAAACAAUCUCUUUAUACAUCAGUACAAGAGUAAGACUGCGUACAUCCGACCCCCCCUUAUCCCACCAAAGGUGGGAGCAUUUGCGGCACUGGAGUAAUGAUGAUGAUGAUGUAUGGUAAAUCGAGACUUUGUGAGAAGGAUCCAAACGACAAAAGUUAAAGAACUCAAAGAAAGAUGGGCGGAAAGAAAGUAGCGGACCCAGAUAACUCUUAGUCAAAUUGGGGAAAAGUAUAGAGAUACUAAAAAGGAUCUGCAUUUGGUGUUCAUGGACUUAGAAAAGGCAUAUGAUAGGGUACAUCGAGAAGUCCUUUAGUAGGCUUUAACUGGAAAAGACAUCACGUUAUUAUAUCAGUAUCAUCGUGGAUAUUUAUGAGGCUUGUACUACAAGUGUCCGUACUAGUGUAAGGAAGAUUGCAUAGCUCCCUAUUAAUUAUUGGAGUGCAACAUAGAUCGGCUCUGAGUCCAUUCUUAUUUGUUAUAGCCAUGGAUGAAUUUCAGGCAAUUCAAGAAGAUAUAUCGUGGUGCAUGGUGUUUCCUGACGAUAUUGUAUCGAUAGAUGAGGCGCAAUCAUAUGUUAAAACAAAGUUGGAAGUUUGGUGACAAACGUUGGAGACCAAGAGUUUCACACUGAGGCAAAGCAAGACUGAGUAUAUGGAGUGCAAGUUUGGUGGAGCCAAAAGUAGUAGUAACAAUGGGAUUACCCUUGAUGGUACCUGUGUGUGAUAUAUUUUGCUACUUAGACUCCAUAAUCGAGAAAGAUGAUGAAUUAAUUAUAUGUAGAUGUAUCACAUUGAAUUAUAGCAGGGUGGAUGAAAUGGGAAAGUGCUCAGUGGCGGAUCCAGAAAAUACAGUUAUUGGGGGCACUAGGUGUUUGAAAAUUUUGCUUUUCCUAUUUUUUAAAAGCAAAAGUAAAAUCUGAAAUAGUUUUCAGAAGCUGGUUUCCUCCAACUCCAGACAAAUUGCUUCUCGGAACAUUUUGAGACCUCAGAAGUACUUUUACAUUUUCACUCAAACACUUUAAAGGAGUGUUUGCGAUUGCUUUUACUUCAAAAAAUGAUUUGUUAAAGUGAUUUUGGAUAAAGUACUUAAUUGUAAAAAUUGGUAAUGUUUUAGAAAAAAGUGAUUCUGAAAAUUAAAAGUUGGUAGUGUUUGAUAAAAAAAGUGUUUUUUGUGUAAUAAAAAAGUGAAAAACAGUUUAAAACACUCUUCCACCUGCUUCCAACUUUUAGUUUUUAAGUGAUUAAUUUAAACAAAAGAUGUCAUUUGAAAACACUCUUUUCAGUUUUUUUAACCCAAAAGCUGAAAAUCACUGUUUUAAAGCUGUAGUGAACACUACCUAAUAUCCGUUUCAACUCUCUGAAGGAGCAGAAUUAGUUUUAAGAAGUAGUUUCAAACACCCUUUAGAGCUGGUUCUGCUUCUUCUUCUUUUUAAAAAUAGAAAUAGAAUCAUAAUAACUUUUAUUUACUCCCAGACAUGCACAAUCACGGCCAAAGUUAUAUUUUUUAAAAAAUAAGUACCUGUUAAAUUUAAGUGACAAUAAUAAUUUUACUAAUAAUAGCGUAGGUUCAAUUUUUAUAUAGUUGUAUUUAAGUGACCAAUGACCAUGACAUUGUAGUCAAUACUCCCUCUGGAUCUUUUUAAACUUCAUAGUUUGACUUCACAUUGAUUAAGGAAAUAAAUUUGACUUUACUGUAGAGUACACUGUUGAGACACUGUUUGACAUUGUCGAGACACUGUUUGGCACUGUUGAGACACUGUUUGACACUGUUUAACACUGUUUUGAUGUAGAUUUCUUUGUCAAAUAAGGAAAUAAGGAAGUGUGAAGUUUAUUUUGGACCGUCCCAAAAAGGAAAGUGUGAAGUUUAAAAAGAACCGGAGGGAGUAAUAUUUUUGAAAAAUAUCAACUUAAUAAACCUGAUUAUGAAAAUAAAGAUUGGAAAAAAGUAAUUUUAAAUCUUUAUUAGUCGAACGAGUAAUUGACUAAUCAAGUUAUAGGUGUAUUUCUUGGAAAAUUGAUUUGGUAACACAAAAUCGAAUAUUAUUUCUCAACUCUUAAACUACUCUUUCUUUAGGCUUUAAAAAUUGGAAUAACAUAAUGUUUAAAAGAUAAAAUCGAGUCUUACAAAACAUGAACAGAUAAUGGGCCGACCCUAUGCAUCUGUUACAUUUCAACAUGAUUGUCGACUAUUUAAUGGGGGGAUUGGGGGCACUCAUAUUUUUUGGUUGGGGGCACAAGUGAUUAAUUGAUUAAAAGUAAUAAAAAACACUAAAAAAGACAAAUGUUGUUGGGGGCAAGUGCCCCCAUCCUCCAAAGGGUGCAUCCGCCCCUGAAAGUGCUUCACAAUUUCUAUGUGAUCGGGGUAUGCCGACUAAUCUGAAGGGUCAACUUUAUUGAACAUCAAUUAGACCUGCAUUAAUGUAUGACACAAAGUGUUGGGCGGUGAAACAAUGUCACAUUCUUGGAUGCGUGGACAUACUAGAAAAGAUCGCUUUAGGAAUGAGAUCAUCUGACAAAAGGUGGAGUAGCACCUAUAGAAGAUAAAAUGCGGUAGUCUCGAUUGUGGUGAUUUGGAUGUGUGCGCAGAAGAUCAAGUGAUGCACCUGUUAGACGACUUGAAAGGUGGGGAGAAGAGGCGGGGAGGAGAGGGAGAAGAAAACCCAAACAGACUUGGAUCAUUUGUUUCUUUUUGGGUUGGAUGAAAGUAUGACUUUGGAGAUAACAAAGCGGAAAGCGCAUAUUCGUGUGAACGAUUGAUAUCUUUUCUCUCGUCUCAAUAUGUUUAUAUCUUUUAUCUUUAUCUUUAGAUGUUCUUAUGUUAUUUUAUCUUUUAACUUUCUUAUGCUCUUUUAUCUUAUUUUAUUAUUAUGUUCUUAUGCCAUUUUUAUCUUAUAUUUAUCUUUAUCUUGUUCAUUUUAUGUUACUCUAUCAUUUUUAUUCUUUUUAUUUUUAUUCUCUUUGUGGAAUCGAUAUCAUUGAUCUUAUGCUCUUUUCUUAUUUAUCUUGUUCAUUAUACAAUGUGAAGCUAGGGCACUGGGCCAGACUCUAGGCCAGAUUGGCCGACACAAAGAAUAUUUUUGAAACUUUUUUUACACGGAUUUUUUUACACUAAAAAUAUAGACAUUUUUUAAAUUUGGGUUGCGCCAGGGCCAAGGUUGACCUUCCCCUAGCUAUGCCCCUGCAUAAUUGUCGCCUAGGCGAUAUGGUGGUCAGCUGGCACCGCGAUUCGCCUUACCGUUGUGACAAGUAUGACACCCGAACACAUCAGUCGGGAUUAGGGGAUUUAAAUGUAAAUAAUAUGUUUUAAUUGGAUUCAAAUUUUGUGUUUUGGUCCCGUUUGGUCUAAACUGGUCUGGUCCCGUAGAUAGUUGUUCUAUGUGUAUGUACUUUACAACUUGCCAGGUCUUGAUUUGGUAUAAGACAGAAACCUGUCCAAGUAAAAGAGAAUAUUAUUAGUCAUAAAUAACUAAGUUGCCAGGCGAGGUUUAAUCAAGUAUGCGUGGACUUCUUUAUCGAUGCUAUUAAGGGUGUGUUUGGGUACCAAGAAAUGCUUGAGAAAGAAGCACCAAUGCUAAGAAAACUUUCAUAUGUUUGAUUCAACCUUGGAAACUGUAAGAUAAAAAAUAUUUAGAUCUUUUUUACUAUUUAGAUUUAUUUAGAUUUCUUGGUGUUUAUUUCCCGAAAUUUUCAUCUCCUAAUUUAAUCCCUAUCCAGUAUACACCAUAUUUUCUUCUCUGAUUUGCAGUGAUGGUUUACACCUCACACCAGAAGGCAAUGCUGUCGUCCAUGGAGAAGUAGUUAGAGUUCUCAGUGAAGUUUGGUUCUCAGCUGAACAGUUGCCCUAUGAUUUCCCCCACCACUCCCAAAUUGAUGGAAAGAAUCCCGAGAAGGCGUUCCAAAUACAAUGUCUUGCACUACAGUAGUCAGCUGCUAUGGAUGAUUUAGCUUCUCCAGAUGACAAUGCUGACAUUUAGAAUAGCGUUUUCAAUUCCACUGAAAAGCUUGACAAUGGAGCUUCCAAUUGCGGCUUAUAAAACACACACACAUAGAUUCUGAAUCAACAGAACAAAAUUUUCGUGAGAACGUGAAAUUAAAUACUUUUACCCCAAUGUGAUACAAUAAAACUCAUGUUGCACUUUUUCUCGUUGGCAUAAUAUCUAACAAAAUGCCACCGCAUUUAUCUGAUAUAGGCAUGAUUUAAUUAAACUUACAAAAUUGUAAUAGAUCUGUUUCAUUGUGUAUCACAUUGAGGUAAAAAUGAUUGUUUUUAUGUUCUCACGAUAAACAGUAUUCUCAUUGGAACUGCACCCACAAGGUUACAUUCCGGUAAAAACACUUCUUCCUGUGGUAAAUCAGAACGAUUUGAAACAGUGCAUAGUAUGAUUCAUGUCAUUGUGCAAUUAUGAUCAAG